CUCUCAUUUCCUCAAAUCCCUCUUUUUCUAAAAUCCAAAAGUUAUUAUUAGGGUUUUGAUUUUAUCACCUUUUUCGCUCCAAUUUUUUCAAAACGCCCCAAUCUUGAAUCUUCUUGACCUAUACAUACAGAUUCUCUCACUAUAUCUAUAUCGCAAGACCCAUAUAAACAUAUUCGGGGUUUGCAGAUCUCUAAUCCCCCCAACAUGUUUUGGAAACUUACAUCUCUAUCUGCUUCUUCACCUGUCGAGGCUAUCUUGGACAAGGAAAAUGUCACAUUGGAAGAGCUGUUGGAUGAAGAAGAUAUAAUCCAAGAAUGCAAAGCAUUAAACAGCCGCCUUAUCAAUUUCUUACGGAAUAGAGUUCAGGUUGAACAAUUAUUGCGGUAUAUCAUAGAAGAGCCUCAGGAAGAUGCUGAUAGCAAACGUACUUUCAAGUUCCCUUUCAUGGCUUGUGAGAUCUUUACAUGUGAAAUUGAUGUAAUCUUCAAAACUUUAGUGGAGGAUGAGGAGCUUAUGGAUAUGCUUUUCUCCUUCUUGGAGCCUACCCGCCCUCAUAGUGCAUUGCUGGCUGGGUACUUCAGUAAGGUUGUGAUAUGUCUCAUGUUACGAAAGACAAUUCCACUUAUGAAUUAUGUGCAAGCACAUCAAUAUGUUUUCCAACAGCUGGUUGAUCUAAUAGGGAUUACAUCAAUCAUGGAGGUCUUGGUUAGACUUGUUGGAGCGGAUGAGCAUAUCUAUCCCAAUUCUACAGAUGUGAUGCAGUGGUUGGCUGAUAGCAAUUUGUUGGAGAUGAUAGUGGAUAAAUUGAGUCCUUCAAGCUCUUCAGAAGUACAUGCUAAUGCAGCAGAAACUUUAUGUACUAUAACACGAAAUGCGCCAUCUCCUCUUGCUUCUAAACUUUCAAGCUCAAGUUUUGUUGCAAGGAUAUUUGGUCAUGCGUUGGAAGAUUCACAUUCAAAAUCUGGACUUGUUCACUCAUUGUCUGUGUGUAUAUCUUUGUUGGAUCCUAAAAGAUCACUUCCUUCAGUGUUAUUUCAUUCUUUUCGAGGUCAACAUGUAUACGAGGCACCUGUGCAAGUUAAUCAAGAGACAGUAGGUGCAAUGCUGCCCAAACUUGGUGACCUGUUGAUUUUGUUAAAUGUCUCAUUAGAUGAGAAAGUUCUGCCAACUACAUACGGUCAAUUGAAGCCUCCUCUAGGGAAGCAUCGUCUUAAGAUUGUUGAGUUCAUUUCUGUGCUUCUGAAAACUGGGAAUGAAAUUGCAGAGAAAGAAUUAAUCAGCUCUGGAACCAUUCAAAGAGUUCUUGAUCUUUUCUUUGAGUACCCAUAUAAUAAUGCUUUGCAUCAUCAUGUUGAGAGCAUAAUAUUUUCCUGCCUAGAAAGCAAAAACAAUACUAUCAUUGAUCAUCUUUUUCUAGAGUGUGAUCUAAUAACAAAGAUUCUACAAACUGAUAAGAAUCCUAUCCUUUUUGGUGUAGCUGAUCAGCCAACCCUGCCUGCUGCUGAAAAAAAUGCACCCCGGGUUGGGAACCUUGGACAUGUUACACGCAUUGCCAAUAAGAUCACCCAGUUAGGAAAUACUGAUUCCUGUAUUCAGAAACAGAUACAGGAAAGUAGUGAAUGGAACGAGUGGCAGACUACAGUUCUACAGGAACGUAACAUGGUUGAAAAUGUCUAUCGGUGGGCUUGCGGUCGACCGACUGCAUUACAAGACAGAAAUAGGGAUAGUGAUGAGGAUGAUAUUCAUGACAGAGACUAUGAUGUUGCUGCUCUCGCAAAUAAUUUAAGUCAAGCAUUUAGGUACAACAUAUAUGACAAUGAUGAGGGUGAAGAGGGUCACAGGACUCUUGAUCAAGAUGAUGAGGAGGGAUACUUUGAUGAUGAAUCUGCUGAAGUUGUUAUAUCAUCCCUUAGGCUUGGUGAUGACCAAGGCAGCAGCUUGUUUACAAAUUCAAAUUGGUUUGCUUUUCAAAAUGACAACAUGGCCGAUGAUGACCCUACCUCAUUUUCUGGCAUGCUGGAUGAGAUAAACUUGAAUGGAGCAUCAUCCCUUGGUGGUAAUAGCAGUAGCGAUGAUGAAGUGGUAGUUGGAGAAGAUGAGGAAUUGGUUAAUGGUACAACUUCUAAUUCUGAUCCCGUCUUCCACGACAUUGAAGCAACAGAUGGAGACUUGAAAGCUACCGCCUCUGGCGGUGGUGGUGUUUUCAAAUGUGAGUCAGGAAACAAUGAAGAUGUGCUAGCAGAUAGGCCAGGGGUGAAUCCUCUUGAAGAUAAUGGAGAUAUGCCAAGUGUGGAGGCGCCUACGAGUCCUGUUACACCAACAGAGUCUUUAUCCAAUGAUACAUUUUCUUCGGCUAAUUCUAAUGAUGGGUCAGGGUUAUCUGAUUCGAGCCAAAAAUCGGUGGCUUUGUUUGAAGAAGAUGUUGAGUUUGUGGGAGUAGAAGCUGAAGGGACAGAGAAGGCGAUGGAUCAAGCUCUUAAAGAGGGCAUCGUAGGGGAAGCUGGUCCUUUAAAAAGGAAGAUCAUACCAAAUGGAACUGACAAGGAUAAUGUAGAAAGUAGAGGCGGGCUGAAAGAGUUUAAUGACACAAAUUACUGGAAAGUGGACCAAGAAGUUGAGGUUUUGGAGUGAAACGAAGUUUUGGGAAGCAAUCCGAGAUUAUGCAAUUGCAUUAACUGGAGACAGACAUCGAUAAUGUACAGUAUAAUUUUGUUCAGGUCAAUGUAGUAUGUCGAAGACUGGUUAUUAUUUGUCUUUUAGUUAUUUAUUGUUUACAGAUUUUGUUUUUUCUUCCACAGUAUGAUUUGGAUUUGUGUCCAUUAGUUCAAGUGCAACCUUCUCUA